AUCAGACUCCGACCCCGACUCGGUUCUUGAAGAACUGCGAAGAGGUGGGACUCUUCAACGAGCUGGCCAGCUCCUUCGAGCACGAGUUCAAGAAAGCUGCAGAGGAGGAUGAGAAAAAGGCAAGAGAUGAAGGGUCACGGAAAAAACGGAGCCGGGGGCAUCAGCCGGUGGAGGUGGAUUCCUCGCCGCCGGAUAGUCCUGCGUCUAAGCCGCCGUCGCCACAGAACAAGGAGAAGGAGAUCCCCUCCAAGCCCGUCAUCAUCUCGACGCCCACUCCCACCAUC